AUGGAGCAUCUUAACAAAGGGGCAUGGACGAAAGAAGAAGACGAGAUUCUCAUCAAGCAUAUCACUGAGCAUGGUGUAAGCAACUGGCAACAUAUUCCUAGAGCUGCAGGUCUGUUGAGAUGCGGCAAAAGCUGUCGGCUUCGAUGGAACAACUACCUCAGGCCUGAUCUCAAGAGAGGAAAUUUCAGCAGGGAAGAAACUGCAGCCAUCAUCGACCUCCAUCGUUUGCUCGGAAACAAAUGGGCUCUUAUAGCUUCCCAAUUGCCCGGGAGAACGGACAACGACAUCAAGAACUUCUGGAACACUCAUAUCAAACGGAUGCUCAUCGGCCGUGGCAUCGACCCUCAAACCCACAUAAACCUCAAUCCAUCACUAUCGAUAAACCAAAACCCUAGAAUUUUCUCUACACAUAGGGACGCGCCCUUGAUGGUCAGAAACGACGCCGGUUUUAAUGCUUUUACGGCUGUGAAUCGUCGUCCUAAUAUCAAUUUGGAUAUUUCCACCAGACCUCGUCCGCAAAUCAAUUCAGAUCUUCCCAUCAGACCUCUUCCACAAAUCAAUUUGGAUGUAUCCAUCAAACCACGUCCCCAAAUCAAUUUGGAUCUAUCUAUCAGACCUAGUUCCCAAAUUAAUUUGGAUCUUUCCAUCAGACCUCCUAAUCCCUACUGA